UUGAAGGGGCUAAUUGCAUGUUUUAAUGCAAACUUAUUUUCUCUAGGAAGCUCACAAUGGUUCCUCUAGCUCUACUGUGCUCUGUGCUUCUUCUAUACCUUCCUCCACCAACCAGCCCAGCAUGCUUUCUGGGAAAACAAGCAGAGUGUCAAGAUGCCAGUUUUGUGCCAGGAUCUGACUUGGCUGGGGAGGGAUUCGACAUUACUAAGAUGCAACGCCUGGGGACCUUUGUCUUCGACAUGAGUAAGUGGGAUCUCAAUAACAACACGUGUAAUCUGUGCAAAAACCCAUUCAUGCAGAACAAAAAGCAGAAGCUCCCGGUGUCAGUGGUCUACUGGAGGGCCACUCAAAAGUGCACCAUGUCCCUAUCCAGCUCUGUUUAUGAGUCCAGCGAGUCCCUGGUCAGUUCCAGCACCUCUUCCAUAGAGAACAACUGGAAAGCUGGUCUGGGAAUAGGAAAUAUGUUAAGUAAGGUGUCUCUGAUGGUUGCUGGAACUAACUCAAGGCUUUCUGACUAUUCAAUGAGCAAGACCAAAAAGGACAAAUUCAGCUUCAUCAAGCAGUCUGCAUCCUGCUCGUACUAUAGCUACAGGAUUGCCAGCCGUGCUCCUCUUCACCAUGAACUAAGCGAUGACUUCAAUAACCUUCCAGCAACGUAUGACAACCAGACAAAAGAGAGCUACCUGUCACUCAUUGAAAAGUUUGGCACACAUUACAUUAUCCAGGUGAAACUGGGUGGAGGUGUGCGGUCUGUGACCAGUGUCAAACAAUGCAUGGCGACUCUACAGGACCUCAGUGUAGAUGAGGUCAAAACAUGCUUGGACGUCGAAGCAUCUGCAAGUGUAAUGGGGAGGAUCAGUGUAGACACAGCUUAUCGUCACUGUAAACAGAGCAAAGACAAAAAACUGAGCGCACACAGCUUUGCUAACAGUUUCAGUGAUAGGUUAACAGAAAUCACCGGUGGCCAUACUCAAGACAGCGCUCUUCUCUUCUCAGCCAACAAUGACCCUGGUGCUUAUAAACAGUGGCUCUCCUCAGUGCCCCAACAGCCAGACGUGAUCUCCUUCUCAUUAAAGCCCCUCCACAUGCUCAUGCCAGGCAAAAACCCCAAACGCGACCAACUACGCCGUGCCAUUCAUGAUUACGUCCUGCAGAAGGCCCUCUUGAAGAAUUGCUCUUCACCCUGCAAAACCGGCAUCGCGACAAACCGCAAAGAACCCUGUGCUUGCAGCUGCCACAACAAUCCUGCGGUCAAAGCCAACUGCUGUCCUGCACAACGAGGAAUUGCCCAAAUUACAGUGACUGUAAUGAGAGCCACAGGUCUGUUCGGCGACUAUUUUUCCCAGACUGAUGGCUACGUCAAGGUCUUCAGAAAUCAGAAGCUCUUUUUAGGGGAAACGCCAGUGAUCUGGAACCAGAACUCACCCACGUGGAACUGGCGGUUUGAUCUUGGGAGCUUUGUUGUUUCUCAGUUUGGGGGAUUGAAAUUGGAGGUUUGGGAUAGGGAUAAUAAGUGGGAUGAUGAUCUUUUGGGCACGUGCAACAUUCAGCUGAAGGCCGGUGUAAAAAGCGAUAUCUGUCGACUCAAUCAUGGUUUGCUGUAUUUUAACACAUCUGUGACAUGUGGGCCUAGUUUGGCGGGCUCCUCGUGCACUGAGUAUGUGGGAUCUCCAAUGGCGUCCCAUCUGGAGAAGCUCUACGUGUCGAGACAUGCAAGACCCGUCCCGAAAGAUAUGCUGGUGAAAAUGGGGGUGCUCUUCAAGGAGCGUCGAGCCCUGUUGGGUCAGGCCAGUGAGGCUGAAAGCAAAAGGCAGAAUUUGUAAACAACAAGAAGGCUAGCCUCAUGUAAAACUCGUUACUUUGAUGUAGCAAGAAGCAUUUACGUUUAAUUCAUUUAGCAGAUAUAUAUUAGCAUACACUUAUAAACAUACAUAUACAGUUGAAAUCAGAAUUAUUAGCCCUCCUGUAUUAUUAGCCCCUCUAAAUAAUUUUUCCCCAAUUUCUGUUUAACGUAAAUAAGAUUUUUUUCAACACAUUUCUAAACAUAAUAGUUUUAAUAACUUAUCUCUAAUAGCUGAUUUAAUUUAUUACUAGUUAUUUUUCAAGAUACUAGUAUUCAGCUGAAAGUCCUAUUUAAAGGCUUAAAGAGUCCCUAUUUUGCCUUAUAAAAGGUCAUAUUUUGGGUUGGGGUCUCCAACAGCAGGCUGAUAUGCAUGCAAGUUCAAAAACACUUUCAUUGCCUUAUAAUCUGCAUUUAUUUUUACCUAAUUAUCCCAACAACUCCCAUAUGAUUCGUUCAGCGAUUAAUUUGCUCCCAAACCCCUCAUUAGCGACUAAACUAAUCUGCUGUGAUUGGUCUGAUGACCCACUCUGUUGUGAUUGGUCGACUGUGUUCAGCGCGAGACAGAGAGAAACGCCCACCACAGCUAUGAAAUAGCAGAGAGUAUGUGAGAGCCCAAUGCAGGAGUGCAUUAAAGCAGUUAAACACCAGCAUAUACUCUACUCUUAAAACUAAACUCAAGUAAUAACAAAGACACACAUUUAGUAUUAAUCCACAC